AUGAGAUCUACCGCACCCCUACCUAUUGCAGUCAAAUACAUCACAAAACGCUUCAUCGGAGAGUACGAUUCCACGUUGGAGGACACUUACUGUCGUCAGGAUACAGUAGCUGGACAGCCCCUCAUGGUCUGGAUCAUGGACACGGUAGACGAUGCGUCGCGUGAUGAAAUGCGGUGGUUAGCAUGGGCUGAUGUAUAUCUGGUGGUCUACGAUGUCACUAGCCAAUUAAGCUUACAAUAUGCUGAAAGCAUCUUGGAACGUAUAGCGACGCACGAGCAUCUACUGUGCGCUAGAGAGCAUAAGACAAUUUUGCUUGGCAAUAAAAAUGAUUUAGAGAGGUAUAGACAAGUUUCUGAAGCUGAAGGUGAAGCUAUGGCCGCCAAGUACAAAACCCAGUUUGCCGAAUCAACCGCAGCUGGUGAUCCUCGUCCUCUGUCCCAGCUACUGCACACCACUUUUCAGAAUAUUCUGACGGGUACAAGAAGUCCUUCACCACGAUUGUGCUCGUCGGAUUCGGAAAUUGUAACACCUAGAAAAUCUGCAUUCUCCGCCUUACGUUCGGCAAGUAGAUCCAGCCAAGUUCGUACUAAAGCAUCAAAACCGGUACAACUACACAAAACACCAAGUUUGAGCAAAAUCAAGACGGGCAGCAAAUUGUUGAAGCUAUUCCACAACUAG